AUGGCGACCCGAGUACGGGGCUCUGUAUCCCCAUCUGUGCGCCUUCUCCUUCGUCCUACCCCUGCCACGACCCGCCUGCCUCUUCAGACACCAUGGCGCAGACUAGCAAGCAGUAACACGCGGAAGUCUGGUACCUCCCCCAACUGGAUUGUCAGCUCGCUCGGGGUGGCAGUUGCUGGCGCCGCGGCAUAUUUCGGAUAUUCAUACGUGAAUGGCGACUUCAAGGGCGCAUGGAUCGAGAGCCAGACUGCACCAGAGAAGCAGGUGAUCAACGUCAACGAUCUUCGCGCUCAAUUUAUCCAGGAAAAGCGAAGCUUGAAGAGUCCAGCAGUCUACACCUGGGGCUCAAAUAUUUACAAGGUGGUGGAUCCAGGAUCAAAGGAUACCGAUAUUAAGACUCCCCGGCGGUUCAAAUACUUUGACGGCCAGGUUCUUCGUGAUUUCAAAGUGGACGAAAAGUCCGGCGCUGCCAUCACCGAAGACGGUGAUCUCGUCCAGUGGGGUAAAGGAUUCUCGGAGACUGAGUAUAAACCCGCCAAGACUUUGACCGGCAAGAACCUGAAAUCGCUCACUCUUUCGGAAAAUCGCAUUAUUGCGCUGUCCUCAGAUGGCAGCGUCUUCUCUCUUCCCAUCUCAAAGGAGGAGCAGAAGGCCGGUCCUAAGCCGCGGGAGAGCUCCUGGGUACCCUUCUGGGGCAGCCAGUCUGCAUUGAGCUAUCGCAUCCUGAACCCUAAUUUGGGACUCGGCGAAAAGGUUACCUCCAUUUCGGCGGGCCAGGAGCAUGUCGUUCUCCUGACCAGCUCUGGCCGUGUCUUUACAGCUGCCGCAUCCACCGAACACUACCCUUCACUUGGUCAGCUCGGUGUACCCGGUUUGACUUGGUCCACCCGCCCCAAGGGUCCUGUCGAUGUAUGCCACGAUGUAACGCCUUCCAUUGGCUCUAAAAUUACAAAGAUUAGCACGGGUGACUAUCACUCGCUUGCGUUGACCAAGGAUGGCCGCGUGUUUGCCUGGGGUGACAACUCCUUUGGCCAACUAGGCAUGGAUUAUGAGCCCGAACUACCCUACAAAGACACGCCCUUCGCCCUUCCUCUGCACAAACUUUACCGCCGAGGCGUAUACACAUUACAAGCGACCAACGUCGCAGCUGGUGGCGCUGGCAGCUUCUUUAUGGUCGACGCAAAACGAACUCUGGGCCCUGAUGAGGAGCUCGGAGCAGUUCGGGAUUUGGGCAAUGUGACCGCUGAUACAUGGUCUUGCGGCCGGGGCAUCUGGGGCACCUUGGGCACGGGCAGGUGGGUUCAUUUGCAAGAUUCGCCUUCCAAGGUGAAGGACCUAAGUGGGCUGGCCGAGUACGACGAAACCAAAAACAAAAUGACGCCAAUUCGGCUUCGCAACAUGUCCGUCGGCACAACCCACGUUGCUGCUGUGAUGGACAACAAGACGACCAUCAGUUCGAAACCUACAGAUUCUUUGGAUAAAUCGCACGACUUUGGUCUUGAUGUGCUCUUCUGGGGAGGCAACGAGCAUUUCCAACUGGGUACUGGAAAACGCACCAAUCUCCCUCGACCCAGCUAUAUCAAGGCGCCUGCCGAGUCCUCGAAGAAGGAUGAACCAGAAGCACGGUUGCAAAUUAUGCCUCAGCACAAGGGCAAGGUUGGCAAGCGCUCAGUGAAAAUGGAGCAACGAGUCGAAUGUGGACGUCAUGUUUCUGCAAUCUACUCGGCGGCUGCCUAA